AUGGGCAUAGAUUUGGGAUUGGCUAGGGUGCUGAGACUCUUGGUCCAUUUAGGAAACCCACAUAUGAAAGGAUACAAGUCAAUUCAUAUUGCUGGUACUAAUGGCAAAGGUUCCACAGUAGCGUAUCUUUCACUGGUGUUUACAAGUAAUAAGGUCAAGAAUGGUAGGUUUACAUCACCUCAUAUGCUAUACUAUAACGAUUGUGUUGCAAUUAAUAAUCAAGCUUAUCCAAUAGCAAAGUUUGAAAGAGCAAUAGAAACGGUUCGGAAACAUAACGAGGUCUUAAGGUUAGGAUGUACGGAGUUUGAAAUACUUACGGUAACUGCAUUUAAAAUCUUUGCUGAUGAACAAGUUCAAGUAGCCAUAGUUGAAGUUGGUCUUGGGGGACGUUUGGAUGCUACAAAUGUUCUAGAACCUUUUAAUAUAAUUACCAAAGGUGGCUUGAUAGCUACUGGUAUCUCAAAGAUUGCGAUGGACCAUGAAUCGUUUUUAGGUUCAACAUUGGCCCGUAUUGCUUCUGAAAAGGCAGGUAUAAUUAAACAUAAGGUACCCUGUACAGUUGAUGGUACCAAUGAGCCUGAAGUGCUUAAAGUUAUAGAGGAAAAAUGUACAAAAGAAGAUGCUCCAUUAACAACAAUUAGAGUACAACGAGCACCAGAUGUGGAAGAGAUAUUAAACUAUUCACCGUUACAAGGAGAAUAUCAAUACUAUAACCUUUCAGUGGCAUUGUCCAUUUUGUCAUCAAUUAGACACCAUUACCAAUUCACCAAGGAACAGAUAAUUGAAGGCAUCCGUGGAACAAAAUGGCCCGGUCGUCUUCAAAGUUUCCAAUCUCCUGCCAAACACAUCCCCAUCCUUCUUGAUGGAGCUCACAAUGAAAGUGCGGCCUUGGAACUCGGGAAGUUUCUUAGCAACACGUACAGAAAACAGCACCCUGAUGGGUUAAGGUUUGUUAUUGCCUUAACCCAAGGGAAAGAUGCUGAUGGGUUACUCAAACAUAUAAUUGAUCCUUCUAAAGAUCAUGUAUUUGUUACUCAGUUUACCGCACCAAUUGAGAUGCCUUGGAUCAAGCCAUUGGACCCUCAGUAUCUUGCCCAAGCAGUUGAGAAAUAUACAACGGCAGUCACAGUGAUCAAAGGACCCAUCGAGAGUGUUAUCGCCACUUUAGAGAAUCAAGAUGAACUCCUGAAGACGCCCAUAGUCAUUUGUGGUAGUCUUUACUUGUGUGGAGAUGUCUUGAGGUUAUACCAACCGCGCGACUGA